CGCGGUAGAAUGCAAAAUCAAAAAGCAGCAAUACUCUGAAAAUCAUCGAAAACGGAGAGACAGCCUGGCUGAUUGAUUAAUCGAUUCCGUUCUUUCUCUGCUUGCGUAUUCUACCGAAUGUCGUYGAACCGCAGAGCUAAAUCGAAAAAAGGGGCUCGAUUGGGCGACAUCGGUGACGUGACUUCGCCACAAGGGGUAAUUGCAAGUUUUGCAUCAAGCAUUCCAAGUAGGGUGAAAGACAUGUUCGGAAGAAAAAGAAAGCCCGCCACCCCCAUUGCAAUGCCCAAGAGACACCAAGAACGACAAUCACCUCCGUCAUUGCGACAGAAACGGCCUCGCCUAUCACACAACAGGAACGACGAUGGACCCCUUGCCCGGGCCCAGAAAAUACAGGACGAACAAUCCGGUUACAACAGAAACAACUUCUCCAAAAGAAGAGAUAAAUUUCGGCGGAGCACGUCUCAGUCAGAGUCGCCACUCGUUACGAGUUCCCGUCCACCGUCCUCGAUGGAAUCCCGAACGCAAAGCAGGCGAAACAAAAAGAACUUUACGUACCAGUACCCUCAGAUCACGGUUGAUCUUUGCGACGAAAAUGAUUCCGAGACAAGCGAGGAGGGCAACAAAAACAAAAAAGCAUCCAACGAAACAUCGUGCACCCCACGAUUUUCCUCCUCCCCAUCGCCGUCAAGACAACAGCGGUUGCAGUCGCCUUGCUCGCUGGCGAAAGGAAAUUCUGCUCCCAGAGAAUCGAAAACAAAAUACCGGAGCGGGCGCAGUCGAAUACGAGAGCACACCGAGAAGGAACGGAUAAAACAACCCCCCGGUUGUCCUGCUUAUCCAACGACGCGUUGCUCUGAGCCGGUGGUUUCCACCCCUACAAAAGAGGGUGCAAUGGACGAUGGCACAGAUUCCAUUGUGUCCCAGGCUGGCUUUGCGGUACGAUCUCUAUCCCAGUUGAUCGACUUGCAAGGCCAACCCGAAGAGAUGGUGCACGAUUGCCAUUCGAAACAAAACGGACGAAAGCCCUUGUCUCUGGGGAACGGCACCGGGCAGGACAACGGCAGGGCCGCCAAGAAGCAAUCGAUUUGUAAGACAAUCAACACGCAGAACACCGAGGGUGGCAAAGAAGGCUCGAGCGACUUUCAUGUAGAGUCUUCGACUGACGAACGCGAAAAGCCAAUUCCAAGGAAAAGACUACCACCCAAGAAUACGAGCUUUCCAAUGCAAGCCCAAAUGCAAAUUCCAGAGCUGAAGAAAAAAAUAAUGCAUAGGCAAAAGAAACACCGUGGCCGCMAAUCGUCCACAAUGAAAUCUUACGAAGACAUCGAUGRCACGAACGAGGUUGUGCACGACCAGGAAGAUGGUGGUUGCGGUCGUUCCCAGACUAGGUGGAUAGAUAACAUGAAUGAUGUGGUCAAGUCCGCGGAACAAAGUGAUGCGGGGGACUUUCGUAGGGUCAUUCCUAGGUCAACGAGAGCAUCGAACAACUGUGCUGAUUCUUUCCUACCAGAUUGCAAUACAACCAAUAGCUCCUUUAACAGUCUAAACCUGGUGAAAGCAAACAACAAGAAACGAGCCCAAAAACCCAAUCGCAAAAAGACAGCGAAAAAAAUCGUUCCGGGUGCAGCUUUACAAAAAGAGCGGGCGCAAGACCGAGAGGGAGAUUCGCAGCAGAGACAUUGGCGCGAUAAAGGCUAUCAAGGUAAGUGCAUGUAUUCAACUUACCGUCCGCUAGCGUCCCGCAAGGUGGGAUGGCUCUUGCCAUGGUUUGGCACAACACAAUCGAAAGCUGCUGACACUACGAUACAACACGAUUGUUUCCCUUUUUCGUUUGUCCCUGCUCUAUUGUCGUUGAUCACCUAGAUGAGAGUGCUGUGAACUGGAACCCAACCGCAGGAGACUAUUACAAGACCGCAACUCACCGAAAAACACGCAGCGAUACCGCUCGCCAACGACGCCAAUACGGUGCACUGUCGGGUGCAUCCGUGGAUGCAUCCAUGGAUCCAUCCCCAUCUGCCGGUGCGUUCUCCGAUACCGGAGGCAGGGCGUUCAUUCGGCGAUCAAAACGAAACAAAAAACAGAAAACACCCGAGACCAUUGACAUCGUUAGCAGCGAAAGCGAGGAUGAUCCAUCGGUAACAUCCAAAGAAGAGGAGCCUCGCAUAGUGAAGGUAAGUUUGUUGUUCCGAACAUUGAUUCGCGCGGCUUCUUCCUUGUAUUCUCAGUGCCAAGUCGUUGUGUUUCUAACUCGGAUUUCGCGUCCUUUGGAACUUUUUGGUUGUCGUCGAACUUCAGUUGCCUCUCAAACGACUAGUGGUGGACCAAAACAAAAUCCUGAGGCACGAAGACGUGAAACCUUUUGUUAGGAUCAACACCGAGAAACUCCAACUAACAAUCUCUUUUUUCAAUUCAAAGGAUCGAUCCAAGGGAAACCAAGAAAUGAUCAUAGAAUGGAGUGAUGUCGAGGAAAUGACCUAUUUUUAUACGGAUGGCAUGAACGUCGAUGAUAUUGACUUGGAAAAUUUUGUUUCUCUGCGGUGCGAUGCCAGAUUUGUAAAGGGGACGCAAAGGAGUGAAAGGAACGUAAGCUUAACUCUAGAAUUUCAAAACGAUCAACAACACCAAGGUUUCAUUGAUUCCGUUGUUGAAUCAACRGAUUCCGUUGAUUCGGCAUCGCCAGGCAAAAUACAUCAAGGACAGCCUCUAGAUGCACAACCCAUAGCUGCUCCUUUGAUAGAGGAUUCAAAGAAACAAUACAAUCUAAGGAAUAGGGUUGCACCGCACAAAACGGACUCAUUCACCGCUGGCAGGAAGAGUGACGAAAUCUUGCUCGUCUAUCCAUUUUGUGCGGAGAAGAAAAAGAUUGAAGCUGCAGCAAAGGAUCUAAAUGAACUGGCGUGGAGGGCAGCGCCAGAAUCCGAAAUCCUGGAUACGGCGGAACAAUCCAAGUCGCAUUAUAUUGAGAUAAGAGUUGAAGACUACGAAAAGCUCAACAGCAAAGAAUGGCUUAAUGAUUCGUUGGUUGAUCUGUGGAUGCAGUGGAUUUCACGCGAUAUCAGCUGCAAGCAAUCUUCCAAUGUUCAUUUUUUCACGUCGCAUUUUUACACAACUCUUGCGUCGGAAGGUGCCGAAGGUGUCAAGUCUUGGACAGCCCGGAAGCAAAUCAACAUAUUUGACAAGAGACUUAUAUUUAUUCCGAUCAACAAAUCGCUUCAUUGGUCGCUCUGCGUGGUCGUGAAUCCGGGGGCGAUCAUACCAGCGGUUGAUAUCGAUGAUGCCAACGACCGGCCACUUCCAUGCAUACUAUUCUUUGACUCCCUCGACAUACAUCGCAAAGCAAAGUUUCACAAAGAUAUAAUGAAAUGGCUGAACUACGAAUGGAAACGCGUGAAGAAUGAGACCCAAGAACCAUUCAACAAAAGCACUUGCAAGAUAUACGAUCCACAGGGUAGGUAAUGCAUCGAGCGCUGGAGUGUGAUUAUGUUAUCUGACCUUGGAACUUGUACGAAAUCAAAUGCUCAUCGAUGUUCUUUUCCCUACGUUCCCUUCAAUAUUACAGUUCCUCGCCAGAGCAAUGGAUGGGAUUGUGGUGUCUUUGUGUGCCGUUAUGCCUUUGCUAUGUUUCAACUUCGAGCUCAAAAAUUUUCGGCCAGGGAGGCGGGAAUCGACGAACUCGAUCAGGCCACUUCUCCGAGAGCGAGAAAGGCAUUUCGGUCUCGAAUAUUUUCGGAUCUCGUCACAAGAGGAGAUUCGUUCCGGUUUGAUGGUAGCGAUAUAAAGCGCAUUCGUUCCGAGUUCCAAACUUUGAUUCGCAAUCUAGAACCGCUGUACAAGGAAGCAAAAGUGGAUAAGAUCAGGGCAGAACGAGAAGAAAAGAAAUCUAGAAGAGAAUUAAGGCGCAAGGAGAAGCAGAAAACCACGGCACCCUCGAAUCCAAAAGAUUCAUCGCGUGAAUCUGCAAACGAUUCGUCGGAUUCUGCCAAGGAAAAUCAUCUUUCGGACGAAGAAAAGACAACGAAGAAAACCGAAGGACCCAAUGGCGUAAAAAGUGAAUUGGUUUACGGAACGGUUUUACCAAAGAGCGGAAAGCACCUCUUCAUCGACGAUACGGCAGCAGAGCCGAAAGACUCAGAAAGYGAGGCGUCAUCCAUUCCGAAACGAAGCACGAAAAUCGAUGGGGAAGGGACGCAAACCUCGAAAGCCGAAAACGAGGCAGAAUCCGAGAGCGAAGACGUUGUUAUUAUUUAAAAAGUUAACGUCGUGUGUCUUGUCAGGGUACUACUUGUAGCAUUGUAGCACUUUCAGACCCCCGAAUUGCGACUAGAGCGAUGCGCAUUAUGUAGUGUAAUGUAUUAUGUUCCGCGGAUCUUGUGAUAAGAUUCUAUCAUUGUGCCAUGUUUGUUAGUGUCCAUCAGCUAGAAGCAUUCUUUCUCACGAAAGCAAUGGUUCUGGCCUUCCUAGUGCCUCUUCUAGUUCACGAGGUUAAAUAUAAUAUUAAGAUUUUU